AUGAUGAUUCAGAAGGAAUACUUACUCCAGCCCAUUCUCCUCCCAGAAGCCCUGUGUCUUCUAGGACGAGGAAUAAGGUGGUGCUACAAGCCCCUCUGAGAGAGGCUGUGGGACCGGAAGGAGAGAGAGUCAUAGUAAAAGUACCCUUUUCCACUAUUGAUAUAGAAGCAUGGGAAAAAGUUGCUAAAAACUACCGUAGUGACCCAAUAACUACAGCAAAGCGUUUGCGGUAUAUUAUCAAGCAGCAUAAUCCAGAUUGGUCUGAUAUACAAUUAUUGCUGGAUGCAUUAACUGAAACAGAAAAGCAAUUAGUCCUGAAAACAGCAGGAGAUCUAGCAGAGGAUUAUUAUAAGGCCCAGCAAUUGGACGUAAAGGACUAUUUUCCCCUCCAGAAUCCACAGUGGGAUGCAAACAGGACAGCAGAAUUGCGGAAGUUAGAAAGCUACCAAGAAUGGAUAGCAAAAGGGAUGGAACGAGCAAUACCUAAAACUAUAAAUUGGUCAGCAUUAUAUGCUAUCAAACAGGGUCCCUCUGAAACACCAUCUGAAUUUUUGGACCGAUUAAGGGAUGCAAUGCGUCGCAAUACAUCUCUAGACCCUGGAGCAGAAGUGGGAAUUCAACAACUAGUGAGUUUAUUUUUGGGUCAAUCUACGGGGGAUAUUAGGCGUAAGCUUCAAAAAAUAAAAGGGCCCGAGGGAAGAAAUCUAGAGUAUUUACUAGAUGAGGCGUGGAGAGUAUUUGGCAACAGAGAAGAGGGAUAUAAGCAGAAUGUGGGGAAAUUGGUGGCAGUGGUGAGGGAAGAGAGAGGAGGACAAAGUCGCGGGCAGGGUCGACGAGGGGGACAGGGGGGCCCACCUCGAUUGGGUAAAGAUCAGUGCGCGUUUUGUAAAGAGUUUGGGCACUGGAAGAAUGAAUGCCCUAAACGGAGGAGGGACAAGGGAAAAGACGUGAUCGCACAUGUAAAAGGAAACUGAAGGGGACCGGGAGAUCUACCCCCAGCAGAUCCCCUGGUUAUAACAAUGGAGCUGGGGGAGGAGGGAAAGGGGGUAGAGUUUUUAAUUGAUACAGGAGCGACAUAUUCGGUAUUGAACAAGGCCCUGGUGCCUGUGGGAAAAGAUUAUGUUACGGUACAAGUAGCUACUGGCCAGUAUGAAAAGGCUUAUUUUUGUAAACCCCUAAAAUAUAAAUUUGGGAAACAAUGGGGCACUCAUAAGUUUUUAUACAUGCCAAAUUCCCCAAACGCUCUCCUGGGAAGAGACUUAUUGGAACAAUUACAAGCGACCAUUAUAUUUAAGGAUGGGGAGAUUACUUUGGAGGUAAACGACCGACAAUAUAUAGAAGUGUUGAGCUUAAUAUUGACAAUCGUUGAAAUUGAAGAAGAAAUUAGAGAAGAAAUAAUUAGUCAGGUGUUCCCCGGAGUAUGGGCUUCCAAUGUGCCAGGGAGAGCGAAAAACGCACCUCCUAUAAUAAUUAAACUCAAAGAAGGGAAACAACCAGUCAGGAUCAAGCAGUAUCCUUUGAGAAAAGAGGACAGAGAAGGAAUUCGGCCAGUGAUUGAGAACUUCUUACAACUAGGAUUAUUAAAAGAAUGCCAAUCUGAGUUUAAUACUCCUAUUUUACCCGUUCGGAAACCUGAUGGGUCAUACCGGGUGGUGCAAGACUUGCGAGCUGUUAAUAAAAUAACUGAAGAUCUUUAUCCAGUAGUGGCAAACCCAUAUACUUUAUUAACGUGUUUAACACCAGAGUUUACUUGGUUUACUGUUUUAGACCUGAAAGAUGCCUUCUUUUGCCUCCCUCUCCAUGAAGCCAGUCAGAAAAUUUUUGCAUUUGAAUGGGAAAAUCCUAAAACUGGACGGAGAACUCAACUGACAUGGACAGUACUCCCCCAAGGGUUUAAAAAUUCUCCUACUUUGUUCGGAGAGCAGCUUGCCAAGGACUUAGAGGCCUGGGAGGCCCCCUCAGAAGAAGGAAGGCUGCUGCAGUACGUAGACGACCUUCUAAUAGCCACUAAGACGGAAGAAGCAUGUGUGGCCUGGACGCUUCUUUUCUCAGUGGAAAUCAAGGAGAACCAGUACACCACGACUGUCUAGAGACUAUUGAAGCCACCUACUCCAGCCGACCAGACUUGAAGGACACCCCUUUUGACAACGCAGAAACCUGGUUUACUGAUGGAAGCAGCUACGUCAUCAGUAGGAAGCGAUAUGCUGGGUAUGCAGUUACCACCAGCAAAAAGGUACUAGAAUCGGGAACUUUGCCAAUAGAUAUCUCUGCACA